GAGAGAACAGCUAAGAGGAGAGACCCCGAGCUCCAUGUUUGAGUUUGGAUUCUGACAUUCUAGGCCACAGGCCACCUGGAGCUAGCUUUGGUCACUUUCAGGGGAAUAAGGCAGACUCCAUCAGAGAUGGAGGCCCCAAAUUUCUCAAGGGCUGACUGUACACACAAGGCCUUGACAGUAAGUGCCCUGGAACUUAGCCUAGUGACCCUUCACUCGCCUCUCUGGUUCCUGCUCCAUCUCCACUUGGAUGGAUCUUGUCCGUCUGCCUGCUUUAAGACAAGGCUCCUUCAGCCUAUGGCUCCCUCUGUGUGGUGGUGGAGGAUGGUACAAAAGCUCUCCCAUCUCUCCAUCCCCCAGUUAUAGUGUCUGCAUCAGAAAGCCGUUCCUUCAUCCCUUCCCUCUGUGGAAGCAUUUGGAGGUAUGUGCCUUUUGGUGGUGGUUGGUGGGGCUCUUACUUGAAAGCAGGCGGAGUACUUUUUACCAUUUUAUAUCUUCAAAGGAAGUUCACAAGGCCCUGCCUGGAGUCAGGGCUGGAUAAGGAUGAAGGAGGGGCAGCAAUAGUCCAAAUAUCUCCCCCUGCAACUAAGGCAGCCUAGUUCUGUGCUGUCCUCUCUGUCACCCUUGUUCUGGUUCUCUACUGUCCAAAGGUAGCCUGAUGCCUCCCUGAUCAGCCGCAUAGGGAGCUGAGGGCUAGCAAAGAUUGUUGGAGCAGAGCGUGGAAGCAGAGGGGAGGGUGAGGGAUAUCUGGCCGCUAGAAGGCACAAAAUAGGGAGUGUGCUGAAUGGGAGGAUUUGUGAUUGGGAUUGACCCAAAGGGGCGGGGGUAAUGGGAGCAGUGCGACCAAAUAUCACGGAACGGGGAUGGGGCCGAGACUGACUCAGGGAUGAGGCAGGGUCUGAGAAAAUUGACCCAAAGGGACUAGACCAAGGGAGGGGGAGAAACAGAGGUGAGCUGUUGGCCCGGGAAGGGGGCUGGGAAAGCAAAUUAGAGGGCAGGUCCGAGUCCUCUCCUCGGGAGGUGGGGGUGUGUGUCCAUAUAAGGCGAGCCUGCGACCCCCGCUCUCCCGGAGGGCGGGCAGGGGCUCCGCAUCCCUAGCACCCCCCGCACAUGGAUGCGCACGUCGCUUUCUCGGGCUUCCCGGCCCUGCCCUCGGUCUCGCCGUCGGGGCCGCAGCCGUCGCCGCUGCUAGCCGUCGCCGAGCCGGGACACGAGCCCGAGGAGGUGGCGAGCGGCGGGGACGUGGAGCCCACGGCCGCAUCGGGCCCGGGGAGGAGGCGCCGGCGGCCGCUGCAGCGCGGGAAGCCUCCCUACUCGUACAUCGCGCUCAUCGCCAUGGCCCUGGCGCACGCCCCCGGCCGCCGCCUCACGCUGGCCGCCAUCUACCGCUUCAUCACCGAGCGCUUCGCCUUCUACCGCGACAGCCCGCGCAAGUGGCAGAACAGCAUCCGCCACAACCUCACCCUCAACGACUGCUUCGUCAAGGUGCCGCGCGAGCCGGGCAACCCGGGCAAGGGCAACUACUGGACGCUCGACCCCGCCGCCGCCGACAUGUUCGACAACGGCAGCUUCCUGCGGCGCCGCAAGCGCUUCAAGCUCUACCCGCCCGCGCCGUUGCCCGCCGAGCCUCUCCUGGCCUUAGCGGGACCGGCCGGCGCGCUCGGGCCGCUCAGCCCCGGGGACGCCUACCUGAGACAGCCGGGCUUCGCCCCGGGGCUGGAACGCUACCUGUGAGCCGCUCUCCCGCUGCGGGAGCACCUGGCCGAGCCUCCAGCCCUCGCUGGAGCAGAGCGCGCUCGUCUCUGGGGUCCACACGCAGCUUGGCGCUCUCUGCUGAGUCCCCUAACCUUGCCUCGAGCUAGACCUUCCUUGCCUUCCUCCAUCCCCGGGUGGGGAGACUCUGACCAUCUCACCACCACCCGACUGAAGCGCCCUCUCCGAUUUAGGGCCUUCACUCCUCCCUCUAUAUGUACGCCCCACCUAUGCACCCCCACAGUGCCACGUCUCAUACCCUGCAGCUGGACGGUCACCAGUGGGGCCUCUAGUAGCCCCAGGAGUCCUGGUGAGUUCCAGUCUGGAAGCUUUCAGUCUCAAGCCACCUCCCCGACCCCUGAUGUUUUGCCAACAUUAGAUAGAGGUCAGACUCCUGGGUUCAUUACUUUCCCGCCAUCUUCCGCCACUUACCGACAAGUUUGACAGUUUGUUCCCUUCCCUGGCUUUACCUUUCUGCCCUUGGUUUCUUACUGAGCCCCCUCCCACACAGACACACCUGGCUGCUCUGUUCCAGGUUCUGAGGCAGCUCUUCUGACUUUGCAAGCUAACAGGUCUCCUGAACGGAGGGAGGAUGAGUGGGCCUCUGUGACUGCCCCACCUCCGUGGAAAACACAGAACUUAUCGGGUUAUUGUUA